CAAAGAUAGGGGUUACGUCUGGGAAACACAGGGAGAGGGGGUCGUGUGGGUGAGAACCAUUAAAAUCGCUUUUCUGUGUCCUGUUUAUUGUUUGACUACUCGUAUGCUCUUGAGGGAUCUAUUGUGUUUUGGUUUUAGAAUCUUAGUUCGGGCGCGUGUUCGUCAAAGUUGCUGUAGACAGUGCAACAGUGACUACACUGGACACACAAGACCAGCCAUGAGGUUAAGGAAUGUAGGUCUACCACCGUACAUUUGUAUGUACUCACUCUUGGCUAUAAUAAGCGCUCAUAAUGUAAAUGUCACUAAUGUCCGUGUUAUUACAAGGGAAGAUAAUGUCGGUGGAUCAUUUGGUUAUAGUGGUGCUUUAUAUAGUUCAGACAUUGGCACACUAGAUGCAAUGAUCAGCGCUCCGAAUUCCAAUUCAAAAAAGAGGGGUGAUGAAAAAACUGGCCAGAUCUUGAAAUUUACAAACAUUUUCUCCACACAGAGUCUGCCAGAAGAAACAAUUUUCUACCCAAGUCAAACAGGUUUGUUAAAUGGAUCCAAUGGUGAAGGGUUCGGAACAACGACUUUAGUGAUAAACUCAACACAUAGACUGAUGUGUGCUCCGAGAUGGCUUAAUACUACCAAGAUUAAAGAGAAAAGUCCUGCUUUCCUUGGGAGAUGUGUUUUAGUUGGACCUGGCAGUGACAGUAUCCAGGAGUUCGGCCCCUAUUCUCAAGCUGUUGGCUAUUUUCACCAUGUCCCGAAAAAUAUGUAUCAUAAACAUGUAUACUGGAAAGGAGGCUCACUAUUUGGAUUCUCAGCCGACUCUGAUGGGAGUGUUGUAGCAGUAGGAACACCUGGAUUACUCAACGCCAAAGGUGGUGUACAAGUUUAUGAUAUAGCUUCUGGAAAUAUGAGUGACUAUAAUCUAACAAGUUACAUCUCAAAUUUGAAUGCCACAAGUUACGGCUAUCUGGGUUAUUCUGUCAAGCUGGGAACAUUUUGUAACGAAGGCUACCGAGGAGUUUGUGUCGCUGUUGGAGGUCCAACUAUGCUGAACUUUGGACAGGUACAAAUCAUCCACUGGAACAAAGACGACAUAUUCAAUAAACUUAUUCAAGAAAUAAAUGGAACUCAGAUCUGGUCCAGUUUUGGCUACUGUCUCGGUUCUGUGAAUAUAAAUAACAAUGCUUAUGAUGAGCUUCUGGUGGGUGCCCCACUUUACACUGAGUGGUCUAACCCAGACCAUGUUCCAGAUCAAGGAAUGGUUUUCUUAUAUCAUUACGACCUACUUACAAAGAAAUAUAUAAAAAGAGACGUCACUCUGGAUGGAUCUAAACAAAAGUCUGCAAGAUUUGGAUCAGCCAUGGCCGACAUUGGAGAUAUCAAUCUUGAUGGAGUUUCUGACCUUGCUGUUGGAGCUCCUGGAGAAACUGAUGGAGCUGGAAGUAUUUACAUUUACUUGGGAUCUUUAAAUGGAUUUGUUAAUGUACCAAGUCAAAGAAUUCAAGCCUCUCAGAUAAAAGUCCCCGUCUUACUGAAAGGUUUUGGAUUUACAAUCUCAAGUCAGCAUGCUCCCUUAAGUAAUACGUACCCAGUCUUCGCAGUCUCCGCUGUACUCACAGACACCGUGGUUAUAUUUCGUUGCAAGCCAGUAGUUGAUGUUCAAGUCAAUCUUACAGCUUCUCCAAACCCCAUUGACUUGAGAUCAGCAUGUAGCCGGGAUUUUAAUCUUCAAGGAAAAUGUUUUAAAGUCCAGUUUUGUUUGAUACAUGCCAUUAGAGGAAGUGAUUUUCAACCUGUCAACUUUAGUAUUCACUACUUCCUUGAUACACACAUACAAUCUGAGGGACUGAAAAGAGUUACUUUUCCUACUGGUCAAGGAACUAGCUAUUCUACUGUGAAAACAACAGUUCUAGAAUCUGCAAGUCCAAACAUUCCAGUUUGUUCUGAGUUGGUGGUCUUACUUAAACUGGCUCAGAUUCAACUAGACAGGUUUACACCUAUUGAAAUAAAGACUACAUUUCAAAUACAACCUACUCAUAGUCCUGAUGACGGUCCACUCUUGGAUGCACUCAAAGCUAACAACAUCGUAGAAGAAGUCACAAUAAAGAAGGAGUGUGGCUCUGAUUUCCAAUGUGAGGUAGACUUGAUUGUUAGUGCUACGUUACAACACUCCCCCAUACACACACAAUGGACAGAUAUCAUUGUGAAUUAUACAAAGCAAGUUGUCAUGAAAAUUAACAUCAGAAAUAAAAAUGAAACUGCAUACGGAGUAAAAAUUACAGCAGAAGUGGACUCCAUCUUAACUUUUGUGAAAUCCAAACCAGACGUGAACUGUGCUUUGGAAUCAUUAGAGUUCAAUACAACUGGCAUCGACUUGGCUGAUACAGAGAAGACUUUGGUUACUUGCAUUUCUUAUGAAGCACUGAGCCCUAAGGAUGAACUUGAGUUUCAUAUUGUGUUUGAUAUAAAUCAAACCUAUAUCAACGACGACAUCAUUAAGAAGGACCUUAACGCUAAAGUAAGCACUACGCCUUACAAUUAUGAGCACAGUCCAGAAAUCAAUGUGGAUGACAACGCUAUAUUGUUGACUGGACAUGUUAACAUUGCAUCGAUCCUCGAAAUAUCAAGCAUUUCAUCCCCCAAAGAGAUUGCGAUGCAAAGAACUGAAAGGAAAUCUGAUGGAGAGCCAGUGGUCACUGGCGGCGACCAACAACGAACUCCCAUCAAUGUGACGCAUAAAUUUCUUGUACAGAAUAAAGGUCCUAGUUAUCUACCACGCACUGAGAUUGUUGUUCGAGUCCCACAUCUUCUAGAUGACAGGAGUGAGUUAGUGGCAAACAUCACUGUUGAGAUGUUGACGCCAUCCGGGAAGGUCCAAUGUACAUCAAGUGAUCAAAUUACAAGUACUACACCAGACUUUCCAACUACUUAUUCUACGACCACUGUUGACUGGGUUCUAGAGAAUAAAAGACGUCGAAGAUCAGUGCCAAACAAGUGCCAGGACAAGUUUUGUUUUCUGAAGUGUGAGGACGGCCCUGACCUUUGCUCUGUACAUACCUGCGAAGUGAAGACAGAUCUACAGCCAAACAGUCAUAUGGAGCUCAAUGUCAACAUGGACAUAGAUUUAGCCAAACUGUUGAUUGAAAAAGAGUUCAACACUCUACAUUUUAUAAGUGACAUAGAAAUCAAAGAACCCAAACAUUUUCUGUUUAAACCUUGGAGAGUUACACAACAGAAAGAGUCAGUAACAUCCUUCCACUUCGUUCAGCCUGGAGAUCAAGUGAACAUUUGGAUCAUUAUUGGGAGCCUCAUGGCAAGUUUGAUUGUUCUAGCCAUCGUGUGUGUCAUUCUGUGGAAGGUUGGAUUUUUCAAACGCACCCAACGUUUAGAGCUUCAGAAGGAUAGGAAAGAAUUUUGGCAAACUGUGCAGGCAACUAAAGCAGAUUUGGGAGAACAAAAUCAAUGGUUUUGAC